CAAAAACUUCACUCACAGCUGAGGAGCAAAGAAGCUAGAGAGAGAGAGAGAGAGAGAGAGAAGAGAGAAGUGAGAGAGAUGGAGACGAAGCCAAGUGAGGUGAGCAGCUCGAAGAUGUUCGGAGGGUACAACAAGAGGUACAAGCAUUUCAGCCCUACGCUCGGCUGCUCCAUGACCUUCCACAUCUACUUCCCUCCUUCUCCUUCCCCUUCCCACCGAUUCCCUGUACUUUACUGGCUCUCUGGCCUGACCUGCACAGAUGAAAAUUUUAUAACCAAGUCAGGAGCUCAACGUGUUGCCUCAAGUGAGGGUGUUGCUCUGAUCGCCCCUGAUACUUCUCCAAGAGGCUUGUCUAUAGAAGGAGAGGCGGAUAGCUGGGAUUUUGGUGUAGGUGCUGGGUUUUAUCUCAAUGCUACUGAAGAGAAAUGGAAGAACUGGCGCAUGUAUGAUUAUGUUGUCAAGGAGCUGCCACAACUUCUGAAUGAAAACUUUUCACAGCUUGAUACAUCACGGGCAUCUAUAUCUGGUCAUUCUAUGGGUGGGCACGGUGCUUUGACAAUCUACCUGAAAAACCUGGAUAAAUAUAAGUCAGUAUCUGCCUUUGCACCCAUUGUGAAUCCUACUAACUGUCCAUGGGGCCAGAAAGCUUUCUCAAAUUAUCUAGGUGGCAAUAAAACCGAUUGGGAAGAAUAUGAUGCCACUUCCCUAAUUGUGAAGUUUAAUGAUGUGUCAGCAACUACCAUUUUAAUUGAUCAGGGGGAAGAUGAUAAAUUCUUGCAUGAUCAGUUGAUGCCACACAAGUUUGAAGAGGCAUGUCGGAGUGCUAAAGUUCCACUCCUUUUGCGACUGCAGCCCGGUUAUGAUCACUCAUACUUUUUCAUUUCCACCUUCAUCGAUGAUCACAUCCGUCACCAUGCUCAAGCUCUUAAUCUACCGUGAAUAUUCUGUUGCUUGUGAAUCCAGAACUUUAGAAUCCUUAAUGCACGUUGUAUGAACUUGGGAUCAUAUCUGCUCCCAUGUGCUCUCAAUUUCGGUUUUUCGUGUUAUGACAGAGUAAACAUGUUGAUCCUAGGAUAUAUAAAAUAAACUUCUAUGACA